AUGGCGCUGCCCUGGGCCCUCGCCGUCCUGAGCCUCCUUCCUCUGCUGAGUGCCCAGAGCCCAGAAUGUGCCAACUUCACGGCGAAGCCCAUCACCAAUGUCACUUUGGACUGGCUCUCUGGCAAGUGGUUCUAUGUUGCCGGGAUCUUCCGACACCCUCUGCACAAUCAAUCGGCUAGAAGUGUCCCCUCGGCCUUUGCCUACUUUGCCCCCAAUCAUACGGAGGACAAGAUAUAUACCAGAGUGUACCAGACUGUUGGGGACCGCUGCAUUUACAACAGUAGCCAGGUGGUGGUCCACCGGAAGAAUGGGACAAUGUUCACAAAAGCACUGACCCCUGGCCCUCAUCUCACUCAGAGGUUUUCUCCUCCAGAAAAUGACACGGAAUAUCACACCCACCUGCUGCUCAGCAAGAACCCCAGGACCUUCAUGUUAUCCUUCUUUCCAGAGGACAAGCAGAAAAUGGGAAUUGCCAUCUAUUCUGACAAGCCCCACUUCAGUGAGGAGCAGCUGAAUGAGUUCCAUGAAGUCAUAGAGUGCAUGGGCAUGCACAAGUCGGAGAUCAUUCUCAGUGAUGAGAAAAAGGAUCAGUGUGGGCCGCUGGAGAAGCAGCACGAGGAAGAGAGGAAGAAGGAGCAGGAGGGGGCCAAAGAAGAGUGAGCACUGGGU